AUGAAUCGAGAAUACGUAAUUUUACCGAACCCAAUUGAAAAUGCGGUUCCCCAUUUCACUGGUCAGAAUAUACCACUGGCCCAUUUCAUUGAAGGAUGUAAAGAAGCCCAGGCGAUGGUGCCUCAAGAACUUGAGCAAAAUUUGAUAUUAGUGUUGCGCAGCAAAUUACGGGGUGAAGCGCGAGGAGUUAUCCGAGGAGAAGUUUGCGAGACAGUAGAUGCCCUUUUAUUUUAUCUUAAAGAGUUGUAUGAGCCCUCUAAGUCUUUGUACCAAUUGAUCGGCGAGAUGGGAGGAAUUUUCCAACGCGACGAUGAAUCUGCAUUAUCAUAUACUAACCGGGUUCGCACAUUGGGGAAUCAAAUAUUAGACGUAGCAAGAUCACAGACUAGCUGGGAUGGAAAACGAGAGCGAGGCGUACAGGGGCAACUCAUUGUUUGUCAAAUUUGUAAUAAAAUUGGGCACAGUACUUUAACAUGUUAUCAACGGAAUUUAAGCCGCGACAAAAAUUCACGAGAUCGAUGUCCGAAUAAUUCAACAAUUGAUAAUAAUAAUAAUAAUCAGUAUAAAAAGAAUAAUGUGAACUCGAACCCAUAUCGUGAAAAUAAAAUGAGUUAUAAUCAAUACAAUGGUGACAUUGAUAAUCGAUCUAAUCAUGACAACAUGCGAUACGGUAAUUAUUACGGUAAUAAAUAUAGAAAUAAUGAUAAAUGUAACAGUUAUUACGAUAAUUACGAUAGCAAUAUUGAUAAUUAUGAUAAUGAUAACUUACGAAGUAAUAUUAAACUUUCAAUCUUUCCUCGUGAACUCGAAAAUAGAAGUAUCGGAGAAAAAAUCUGUCAUCAUUGUAAAUUACCGAGGCAUCAUAUAGUAAAAUGCACAAAAAGGAGGGAUAAAAAUAGAGGGUCAUUCACGAAAAGACCGCCGGACCCAUCUACCGACGGAUGGACACGCGCCAACAAUGAAGAAAAUUUGAGGAAACUACCGAAUGCCCCUGCGUCAAGGCGCGCCGCAGAAGGCCGUCAGAUCCGAGCGUCUGAUUAUGCAAAUAAUUGUGGAGAGAAUGAUAAUUUUGAGAACAUCACUAGCGAUGAGAAUGCCGUCGAAGGAAAUGAUAAUGUAGAAAAUAUUAAUCGCGGUAAGCGCACUGUUGAAAAAAAUAUUAAUCGAAAAAAUAACAAUCGCGGUGAAAAUUUCGUCGUAAGAAAUAAAAAUCUUACAGAGAGUAAUAAUCACGGUAAAAACGCCGUCGGGAGAAAUAAUAAUCUUGGAAAUGAUAAACUUAGAGAUUUAACUUCUGAUUUAGAAUUGAGUAUCUAA